AUGAAGGCUUCAACAUUGAUUCUAUCGAAAAUUUCGGCACCACUACGAUUAUCUGUGCAAAACUUAACACAGAUUCGCUAUGAAUCUACAGCUAGUGAAACAAAGUCAGUUGACGGUUUAAAUUUCGAAUUAUCGGCCGACCAAAAGGAAUUACAACAAUUGGCACGCAAGUUUACGAAAGAAGAGAUCAUUCCACACGCAGCACAUUAUGAUAAAACGGGAGAAUAUCCAUGGCCAAUUGUAAAAAAGGCUCACGAAGUUGGUCUUAUGAACUCACAUAUUCCAACAGCAUAUGGUGGCGCAGGUCUUGGUAUUCUUGACGCGUGUCUGAUUAUUGAAGAAAUCGCAUAUGGUUGUACUGGUAUUGAAACGGCUUUGGAAGCUAACUCACUUGGAAUGGCUCCGGUUAUUAUUGCUGGUAAUGAUGAACAAAAGAAACGAUUUCUAGGACGAUUGAUUAAGGAACCAUUGAUGUGUGGGUAUUGUGUAACGGAACCUGUUGCAGGAUCAGAUGUUGCCGGUAUAAAAACACGUGCAGUAAAGAAAGGUGAUGAAUAUAUUGUCAAUGGACAAAAGAUGUGGAUUACCAAUGGAGGUGUUGCUAACUGGUUCUUUCUGUUGGCUCGUACUCAUCCAGAUCCAAAAGCACCAGCGAGUAAAGCGUUUACUGCCUUCGCUAUUGAAGGUGAUAAUCCAGGUUUGACACGCGGUCGAAAAGAAUGGAACAUGGGUCAAAGAGCAUCUGAUACCCGUGGUAUCACAUUCGAAGAUAUGCGCGUACCAGUAGCUAAUGUUCUCGGUAAAGAAGGUGACGGUUUCAAGAUUGCCAUGUUGGUAUUCGAUAAAACAAGACCUGCUGUUGCUGCUGGUGCUGUUGGUCUUGCUCGCCGUGCAUUCGAAGAAGCAACACAAUAUUCACUACAACGCAAAACGAUGGGCAAACUUAUUGCCGAACAUCAAGCCGUAGCUUUUAUGCUAGCUGAAAUGGCCAUUGGAAUUGAAUCAGCUCGUUUAGUUACACAUCUAAGUGCUUGGCAAAUUGAUAAAGGUGAAAAGAAUACAUAUUUUGCAUCUAUUGCUAAAGCAUUGGCUGCUGACGUUGCCAACAAAGCUGCAACAGAUGCUGUACAAAUAUUUGGAGGAAAUGGAUUCAAUAGUGAAUAUCCAGUUGAAAAACUUAUGCGUGAUGCUAAAAUCUAUCAAAUUUAUGAAGGUACAGCACAAAUCCAACGUUUAAUCAUUUCUCGCGAAAUUUUUUCGCGUGCCAAAUCUGGAAACCUUUAA